UAGUCAUGGUUAUAUGCUUAGCUUAGACUCUUUGCUAGAAUCAAGAAUGGAUGUCUUUUUUUGCUGAGAAUUUUCUCGGUUCUUUAGCAAUUGUCUUCGACAAUGCCAGGAAUGAAGAUCCGCGAGGAUGAUCGCAAAGAAAUUGACCCAAGGUUUAAAUGUGUUAGCUGUCAUUUAAUCGUUGUCGAUCCAAUGCAGUCCAAGUGUGGCCAUAUGUUUUGUAAAGCUUGUAUGGUAGACCUCCUUAUAGAACCUGAUCCAAAAUGUCCUGAAGAUCAAGAAACAUUAAGCAGAAAUGAUUUUUUCCCUGAUGCUUUCACGAAACGUGAAUUGAAAAAGAUUCGUUUACAUUGUCCUUCUGAUCAGUGCAAAUGGUUUGGCACCUACAAAGAAUUGGAAUGGCAUUUAGAAAAUUGUGAAUAUGCACAAGUUCCUUGUAAUUAUUGUAAAGAAAGCAUACCAAAGAAAGAUAUUAUGAAUCAUAAGAAUAAGAUUUGUGAUGAAGUGCCGACCGAAUGUGAAUUUCAGGCCAUUGGGUGCAAUCACGAUAAGACUUUAAAACGAAAGGAGAUCCGACAACAUAUGAAUGACAAUCUAAUUGAUCAUGUGAGCGCCUUGUUACGAUAUGUUAUGGCAUUUGUUACACAGUUGAAUAACUACGUACCACGUCCAGAGUUUACUACUGCUAUUCAAAACAUGGCUGACCAAGUUACUGCUGUUCGUGCCAAUCUUUCAGAAAAAUUUGUGAUGCUAGUAGGUAAACUUACAGGUCUUGAAAGGAGGAUUGAGAGCAUCGAGAGUCGUGGUGGUAACGAUAGUAACCCUCAGAUGUCCUCAGACGUUUCCUCGAUGCGUGAUAGAAUCUCGACUCUCGAACGGCAAUUACGAGAUAAUUCCUCAACUAUACUACGAUUUCGUGAGCGUUUAGAUCAAAUUGAUGAAUCACUUGCUCGAAACACGGUGAAGAUUACGGAUCUCGAAGCGCGACCUGGCGCUCGUGCACUGGGAUCUAAUCAGGCCAUACACAGCUACAAUGGUACCUUACUUUGGAAAAUAGAUAAGUUCAGCAAGAAGAGACAGGACGCUAUUAAUGGUAUCAAAACAGCCUUGUACAGUCCACCAUUUUACAGUUCUCAAUAUGGUUACAAGAUGUGUGCUAAGAUCUAUAUGAAUGGCGAUAUUUUUGGAAAUGAAGCUCAUUUAUCCUUGUUCUUUGUUGUCAUGAAAGGUGAUUACGAUGCACUACAAACAUGGCCAUUUCAAAAGAAGAUCACAAUGAUGUUAAUGGAUCAAGGAAAUGGAGAUCACAUGAUUGAUGCUUUUCAUUCAGAUCCUCAAAGUUCCUCAUUUCAGCGACCAAAGUCUGAUAUGAAUAUCGCUUCCGGAUCUCCACUCUUCAUGCCAUUGGAAUGUUUGAAAAAUCGGCAGUAUAUCAAAGAUGAUACGAUGUUUAUUAAGCUCUUCGUUGAUUGACAAGUCAGAAUUUUGUCAUCUCAACUUGCGAUGCAAGUUUGGGAUGUCAAAAUUCUGAUCUAUAAUACCACCUAUAUGAAGUCUAUUUGCUUGGAAAAGUUUAAAGAAGUUUUUGCGCAUGCUGCAGCUGUUAUUCACGAUACAUGAACUACAUUUAUCCAACAGAUGUCUUAUUUGUCUUGCCGUUCAGCGAACAUGUUAUUAUUAAGAGUCUCAAUAGACCUCAAGGAAAAGUACGUCUAUAAUUACGUGAUUAGAUGAAGGAUAGAUAUUUGGUUCAUUUAAGCCCGCCGCACAUUGGCAAACUUGUUGUGCGUACUUGUUAUUCGCGACAAGUUGGAUCGACAAAAGCGCACGCGCACAACUGGCAAAACAAAAUGGCUGAAUUAUUGAACAUCUUGAACGAAUUGAUAAACAACGACGAUUUCUCUGAUGACGCAAUAUUUCGUAAAUAUCGUAAAUAACGAUAAUGAUAUAUUUCGUAAAUAUCGUAAAUAUUCCUGAAUAUGGAAAACGCAUUGUAAUUGUUUCUGUCAUUCUGUGUGGUUUAUGGACUGGUAUUUGUGACUGACUGGGACAAUGGAAGCUUUGUGUUUGAAUAAUAACACUGGUCAACAGCAAAUUUGGUGUUUCAGUUUUGUAAACUGAUUUUGGACAAUUUUGAUGUGCUGAAUCCAAAAAUAACACUGUUUUUGCUGGAUCAGGUCGACAUUUUAAGCUAUCGUUAAUUUUCUAUUUUUUAACUUUUCAACACCCGAGAAAGGUACAACAGAAGUAUUAACCAUUUACCGUUUGAAGUUCUAUUACCUGAACAUAUUUAAUUUUUUUAGCACUAGCAAUACAAAGAAGAAAGCAUUUGAAUAAACAAUUUUUGAUUGAAUUUUAA